AUGACAGGCACGGGGCCGGUCGUGGUCCUACCGAAUCGUUUUGCCAAUGAGAUCCGCAACAACAAAAACCUCAGUUUCAAUCGGUAUUUUGACAAGGACUUCUUCGUUCACUACCCCGGUUUCGAGGCGUACCGCACCGGCUACAAGGACGGCACAUUUAUCCACGCUGCAGAGGAAGUCGUCAGGACGAAGCUGACGCAGUCACUUGGACUUAUCAUCAAGGAUCUAGUCGAGGAAAUGACGGAUGCUUCGCGGCAUGUACUUGGAGAUGACGCCCAAUUUCACGAGAUCCAUGUCAAACAAGCUACAUCAAAGAUAGUUGCUAAACUGUCGUCUCGCGUCUUCCUUGGGAAGAACUUGGCACGCAACGAUAAAUGGCUUCGGAUCGCGGCAUCUUACACCCAUGAUUCCUACUCGGCUGCUCACGAGCUCCGUCAAUGGAAUAUCUUCUUGCGACCUUUUGUCUUCCAAUUUUUGCCAAACCUCCGCCGACUUCGCCAAGAGGUGCAAGACGCUACUAAUUUGAUCAUGCCUGAAGUCGCGAUGCGGAAGACGGUCGUUGAUGAGGCUCUGAAGGCAGGUCGAAAGACUCCAAAAUCAGCAGAUGCCAUCGGUUGGAUGCACGAGAUUGCCCGCGGCCGUCAAGUCAAUUACGUUCACGGGCAACUUUUUCUAAGCUUCGCCGCUAUUCAUACAACAACAGAGACUAUUACGGGCUGCCUUUUUGAUAUUUGCUUCUAUCCCGAAAUCGCCCAACCUCUGCGCGAAGAGAUCAUUGAAGUCUUGGGACAGGAAGGUUGGUCUAGGACAGCGCUUCACAAGUUGAAGCUAAUGGAUAGCUUCAUGAAAGAAAGUCAACGCAGACACCCCAUGGGCACCACGUCAAUGCAUCGUCAUGCCGACGCAGAUAUACAGUUGUCUGAUGGGAACCUCAUUAAAAAGGGAACCAGAGUAAUGGUUUCCGCAAGCACCUUUAUGGAUCCCAAUAUUUACCCCGACCCCGAUAAGUAUGAUAUUUAUCGCUUCUACAACCUCAGGAAUGCACCGGGUCAAGAGAAUGGGUACCAGUAUGUGCAGACAUCGCCUGAGCACCUGAUGUUUGGACACGGCGAGCAUGCCUGUCCUGGGAGGUUCUUCGCCAGCAAUGAGAUGAAAAUAGCUUUAUGUUUCUUGCUCCUUAACUACGACUGGAGGCUUUGUGACGGCCAGACCGAUCGCCCAAAUUGCCUCAAGGUGGACCAAGGUUUUCUCACAGAUCCUAGCGCGAAAGUGAUGUUGAGGGCAAGGAAGGCCGAAAUCGACUUGACAGCAGGAUUGGAAUAA